AUCGAGCAUCACGCGCCAGCCGCGCCAGGUGGAGAUGUGCGGCUGAGCUGCCUCCCGGACCCGGCACCUCCCAGUCGGUGAAAAAGUUAAUCGGACGUCGACCAAAGAAUCAGGAAACCAAGUCAUGGGUCUCAGAGAAGAAGACACGACAACACUGGACAAAACCUCCAACUGCUGCAACGGUGUUGCCCACAGUGAAACCCCAAAACGCAAUCCAAUGCGAAGGUACAAAAAGCCGCGGGUCCGGGGUAAGGACUACUUUGAGGAAACGCCUCUGCUCAUGGCAUUGAGCACCUACCUAAGCUAUGUAAUCCUGGGAAUUUUCGGGCACAUCCGGGACUUCAUGCGUUCCACGGGCUUAGAAGAAACGCACAUGUCUACCGAGCUUGACCGGAAGGGCUACGUUCCACUGUACCAAAGCUUUGAAAGCUUCUACACACGCAAUGUUUAUAGACGAAUUCGUGACUGCCUCAACCAACCCAUAUGCAGCGUGCCGGGUGCCGUCAUCGAUCUGGUGGAUCGCGUCAGCUACGAUAACAACUGGACUUUCGUGAUGCCAGGUACAGUGACGAAGGCCAUCAACAUGGGUUCCUACAACUACUUAGGGUUCGCCGAAAAUUCGGGACCCGUCGUCGACGAGGUGCAGAGGUCCAUCGAGCGUUAUGGCAGCGGAACGUGCAGUAGUCGUCACGAGCUAGGUACCCUGGCCAUCCACCAGGAGCUUGAAGAACUGAUGGCCCGCUUCCUGGGGGUGGAAGCGUGCCUGACGGUGGGCAUGGGCUUUGCCACCAACUCAACCAACAUUCCCGGCCUGGCCCAGAAAGGAUGCCUUUUGCUCAGCGACGAGCUCAACCACGCCUCGCUCAUCUUAGGCUGCCGCUUGUCUGGCGCCACCAUCCGCGUCUUUAAGCACAACAACGUCAAGGAUCUUGAGCGGAAACUGAGGGAUGCGAUAGUUGAGGGUCAACCUCGGACCCACAGGCCAUGGAAGAAAAUCAUCAUCAUCGUUGAAGGAGUUUACAGCAUGGAAGGCUCCAUAGUGAUGUUGCCUGAGAUUAUAGCCCUGAAGAAGAAGUACCGGGCGUACGUCUACCUGGACGAGGCACACAGCGUGGGUGCCUUGGGGCCGAAGGGGCGGGGGGUGGUAGACUACUUCGGCCUUGACCCACGGGACGUUGACCUGCUCAUGGGCACCUUCACCAAAAGCUUCGGUGCCGCGGGUGGCUACAUCGCGGGGUCAAAGGCAGUCAUAGAUCACCUGCGAGCGCAGUCUCACAGCUUCUGCUACGCGGCCAGCAUGACUGCUCCGGUGGCGCAGCAGAUCAUCUCCACCUGCCGCGUCAUCAUGGGCGAGAUGGGGGACGGCGAGGGGCAGCGGCGCAUCGAGCGGCUGGCACGAAACACGCACUACUUCAGGCGCCGUCUGCAGCAGAUGGGCUUCAUCAUCUACGGCAACGAGGACUCUCCCGUCGUGCCGCUCAUGCUCUACUUGCCUUCCAAAAUUGCGGGCCUCGUGCGUUACCUCAUGAAGCGGGGUGUUGCCACCGUCGGAGUCGGCUUCCCUGCGACUCCGCUUCUGGAAGCGCGAGCUCGCUUUUGCAUGUCGGCGUCACACACAAAGGAAAUGUUGGACCAGGCCCUGAGUGUUAUUGACAAGGCAGGUGACUACCUCUACCUGAAGCUGUCCAGAACGAAGAGAAGCACCGAAGAAAUAGUCUACUAAUCACCGACUGCACACAUAUAGCUAGGUGGCUGCCGUCAGACCAUGCAGCAAAAUCAGCGUGACAGCGCCGGGAUGUGCAACAAUUUCUCACCAUGCAUGUCUGAAGUUUCCCCACGAAAAUCGUGCUGCAAGUGGUGUCAAGGUGCUGCGGUUAAAAGAAAAAAAGAAACUGGGUCCAGUGUUGUUUAGGAAACUUUUCAUCAACCUCUCUGACCUGCUAUUUCCAGUUAAGCGCGAGACCAAAAAGGAGAAGGAAAAAAAAAACAAAAAGAACUGUGCCUCGGCCUCAUUUUAUUUUAUUUUUUGUACUGUGUUCACCUUGGGGCUUCACAUUGUUUCAAUUGUAUGGGGCAAGUCUUCUCUGCAUAUUUAGUAUGACGCUGAUCAAAAUGUUGGGUGUGUGUUUAUAUAAGUGUUCUCUGUAUGUUAUGUUGCGUGAGCAUUUUUUUUUUCUUCCGAGAUGGUGAUUGAUAAACAAAAAAAAAAAA